UUCAUUUUUGAAAUAUGUAAUAUAUGUUGGCAAUAACAUAGCAGUUUGCAAAUUAAUACAUUAUAUGUAUCAUAAAUAUAUUUAUUUCUAAAAUUAUUACCAGGAUUUCUGAAUACUUAAAGUCUACCACAAAUGUUUGAAGUAGAUUAAUAAUGAGUUAUGCUGGUCUUUCCCAAACUCGGCUGAUUAUUAGAGUCAUCUGUGUGACUCCACAUAACUGCCAUGUAGAUUUAACAAUGAUUAACCUUUUGAUGUAGUUACAUACUUAGCUUUUCAUUGCUGAAGAAUUUUCAAGUAAGUGACUGAUUUUUAUUAUAUUUCAUCUCAAGUUACCUAAGUAUGCAUCUCUAAAAAAUGACUUUUUUCUACUUAACCACAAUACUUUUGUCAUACCUAAUAAGAUAAACAAUAUUUCCCUAGUGUCUAAUUCCCAGGCUAAAUUCACGUUUCCCAGAUUGUUCUGAAAAGGUCUUCACAUCUGUUUGUUCAAAGUGGGACCCAGUUGUGAACCACAUGUUUGCUUGUCAUGACCCAUAAUUCUCUCAAUCUAGGUCAGUCUCCACCCCACUUUCCCCCUUGUCUUUUAAAAAUUCUAUUAUUUUAAUCCACAAAUGAGAAUAAUAAAGAUUGACUUAUUGAAGAGACUUGACCAGAUAUUUUGUAGAAUGUCCUACAUUCCAGAUUUGUAUUUUCCUUUUAGUUUCCUAAAUUAUUCAUCUAACCUCAAUAUUUCCUGUAAACUGGAAGUUGAAUACAAAGACUUGAUUAAAUUCCAGUACAACAUAUUAUGCAAGAACACUGCUUAAGUGGGCCCUCAUACUUCAAAGGUUUCACAUCAGAAGGCACAUGGUAUCUGAUUAUCCAGUAUUAGCAAUUCUAAGUGAUUACUGGGUUAAGGUGGUGACAGCUGUAUUUUACAUUGACGAGUUCUUUCUUUCUCCUCUGCUACCCUCAAGUAAUCAGUAGGGUGACAGAGUGGCAUUAGGUAAUAGCCAGGUUCCAUCAGCUUUUUACCUUAUGGUUUUAGCCAAAUGUAUUGACAACCCAAACCCAUUGAUGAUCCUUGUCUGAAUAUUUGUUGCAAAAUGGUUAUAUUUCAAAAUUCCAAUUUUUUUUUUUUUUUACUUUUAUUACCCAGCCUUCUUCUGUAGCUUUCACUGAUCAACUGGGGCUAUUUGGUUAUCUUAAAAUACAGUUCCUAGUCUAAUGAAAACAAGUUUAAUUCAUGACAACUUUUUUGUAUUACUGACCCUGAUUUGGGUUUUUAAAAUUCCUUUGUAUGACAUUUUAGAAAUAUAUUUUUAUCACUUAUUUAAUAAAUAUUGGACCCUUUGCUGUAGGCUGAGAAACAGAGAUGCACACAACAUUGUCUUUGUUUUCCCAAGGUUUACAAUCCAGUUGAGGUGAGGGCACUAAGCAGAAAAAUGUUAAAUAUCUUAGGCAGUUUGUCACGUGAUGGGUAUGAAUCACUAAUUAACCAUGAAAGGAGGUAAUGAUCACCAAAAUGCUUUACUAAGGUCCUGGGUCUUAAGGGAGGAAAUAUGAAGGGUUGGAGGGGUGAAGGGUCUUGGAAAGAAUUACAGCAAAGUGUCUCUGGAACGUGGGUAAUGAAGAGUAGAGUAGCUUGUCUAAAGUGAGGCUCAGAGAGGCCAAGAAACCUGCCAGUGUCACAUGGCUAAUAAGUAGAAGAUCUUGUGUUGAAGCUGAAGAGUCAGACUCAACAUUCAUGCUGUUUGCGUGUAAUACAUGUCAUGAUCUGUUUCUUAGAUAUCAGGCUCAAUAUUUAGAUUUUUUUUCUGAGUUAAAGAUAAGCCAUGGACGAUUUCUUAACAAAAGGAACUUUUAUCAAGAUAAAUUUGGAAUAGUUAGUAUGUAGGGAAUAAUGGAGAAGAGACAUUAAAGUCACAAACAUUCAUUUUAGUUUCUUUGAAAAGAAGGUUUUGCUCGUUUGUGCUUCUAAUCACUUAGAUUUAAACUUUCUUUCAACAACAUAUCUGUGUAACUACAUGUUAAUAGUAUAACAUGUGAGGCCAUGAAGGCUAGGACUAGGAAGGAUAGAUGGGAGAAAUGCCCUGAGGGGAAAACAUCACCAGGACUAUAAGCCUGUUUUCCACUGAGAAUAUUACAAGAUUAGGUUAGAAUGGAAAGUCCCAUAGAAGAUAGUAGAAUGUUGGUAAGCAUUUUAACCUGGUCAUAAACAAGACUAGGAAACAAGUUUAGAUUGAUGAAAAAGUAUGAAAAAUCUUAAGAGAAAUUCCCCUUUCCCUCUCCUUUUUAAAAAUUCUUUCAGGCCAAAUUUAGUGUUAUGAGAAAAAAUAUAUACAUGCAUGCAAUACUUUGUUAGUAAAUAUAUGUAAAGAUAAAUGUUGUAAAAUAUAAAACACUGUUAGUAUUGGACUUGUAAAAUAAUCCCCAAAACUGAACUCUGGCAAAAAUAUUCACAGCAGAAAAAAAAAAAUCAGUAAAUGAAUGAGUUGCUUGUGUUUUAUCAGCAUGGGCCAUAUAGCUUAUGAUGACAGAACUGUUAAUAAUCACUUGUCCACAAAGGUCUCUUAGGUUGGAGUUCACACUCAUAUUUAAACAACUAGGGCAGAUUACUUGAAUAAGGACAUUAGUAAAUUGCUCAUGUUUCCAGGGAUGGGGGAAGGGGGUAAAAGGGAGUUGUGUUGUUCAGUGGGUAAAGAGUUUCAUUUUUGCCAGAUGAAAAAGUUCUGUUGCCUAACAAUUUGCAUAUAGUUGACACUACUGACCUGUACACUUAAAAAUAGUGUACAUGAUAAAUUUGAUGUUGUAUGUUUUUAUCACAAAGAACAAAGCAAAACUGAGGGAGGACUCAAUAGAUUUGACAAUAAGGUGUUGAAGACAGCACUUAGUAUGUUAGGUGAUAGUUAUUAGCUUUUGUGUGUCAUUUUGUGUAGUUGAGUCUACAGAUUUAGGGCUCAUGGCACACGUUCUCACUGAUAAGUGAGAGCCGAACAAUGUGAACACAUGGACGUAGGGAGGGAACAACACACACUGGGCCCUGUCACGGGGUGGGAACCGGGGACAGGAGAGUAUCAGGAAAAAUAGCUAAUGCACACAGAGUGUAAUACCUAGGUAAUGGGUUGAUAGAUGCAGCAAACCACCAUGACACACAUUUAUCUAUGUAAUAAAGCUGCACAUCCUGCAUGUAUACCCUAGAACUUAAAAAAAAUAUAUUGAAGGGUCAUGGUUAACUUGUAUGUGUGCCAAUAUGCAUAGUAUAUAUACAUAUACAAAUGCAUAUAUGUACACAUGCAUAUGUCUAAUUUUUCAUUUUGUAAUUAAUUUUCAGACCACACUAAAGUUGCUCUUAGUGAUGAUAGGUCUUGUUUCUUUGUUUCAUUGUGGCUACUUCUUAGCACCUUCUUUAGAAAGCAGUUAGGAGAAGAUCAUUUGAAGGCCAACGAGUGUUGUGGGUUAUUGUUAAGCUGAUUUAACAUUGUCUCCCCCCACAACCACGCUUGACUAGCUUCGCAUUUGGCCAGGUGCAGUGGCUCACGUCUGUAAUCCAGCACUUUGGGAGGCUGAGGUGGGAGAUCACAAGGUCAAGAGAUUGAGACCAUCCUGGCCAACAUAGUGAAACCCUGUCUCUACUAAAAAUACAAAAAUUAGCUGGUUGUGGUGGCGCACGCCUGUCUUCCCAGCUACUCGGGAGGCUGAGGCAGGAGAAUUGCUUGAACCCGGGAGGUGGAGGUUGCAGUGAGCCAAGAUUGCACCACUGCACUCCAGCCUGGGCGACAGAGCGAGACUCCGUCUCAAAAAAAAAAAAAAGAAAAAAGCAAACGUAUUUCUUCUUAAAACAGAAUAAAUAAAUAGUCUGUCUCUUUCUCCUUCUGUUCACAUUUGCCCCAGUUUCUUCUCUUGAAUCAUGACGGUUUGGAAAAUUGUCUGGAUUGCUUAGCGCCACUGAAUCAUGCCAUGGAAGGAUUUUGUAUUUCACUUUUAAACUUCUCUGUGACAGGAGAAGCACUGCUUCGUGGCUUCUUGCCCAAGGAUUUUAGAUGGACACAGUGGGUACUGCAUAAGCCGACCACAGUAUAAGACUUCUUGUGGCAUCUCCUCAUUAAUUUCUUGUUGGAAUUUCUUAUACAGCACAAUGGGAGCUGGAAACCUUCCACCUAUUACCCAAGAAGAAGCUUUACAUAUUCUGGGCUUUCAACCUCCAUUUGAAGAUAUUAGGUUUGGUCCUUUCACGGGAAAUACAACACUUAUGAGGUGGUUUAGACAAAUUAAUGACCACUUCCAUGUAAAAGGAUGCUCUUAUGUUCUAUAUAAGCCUCAUGGGAAGAACAAAACAGCAGGAGAAACUGCUUCAGGGGCCCUGUCAAAGUUAACCCGUGGAUUGAAAGAUGAAUCGCUGGCUUAUAUCUAUCAUUGCCAAAAUCAUUAUUUUUGUCCAAUUGGCUUCGAAGCAACCCCUGUUAAAGCUAAUAAAGCAUUCAGCAGGGGACCUCUCUCACCACAGGAAGUUGAAUAUUGGAUCUUAAUUGGGGAAUCAAGUAGAAAACAUCCUGCCAUUCACUGUAAAAAAUGGGCAGAUAUUGUUACUGAUCUAAACACUCAAAAUCCAGAAUACCUGGAUAUCCGGCACUUAGAGAGGGGACUGCAGUAUAGAAAAACAAAGAAGGUUGGGGGAAAUUUGCAUUGCAUCAUAGCAUUCCAGAGACUUAAUUGGCAAAGAUUUGGCCUUUGGAACUUUCCAUUUGGAACCAUUAGACAAGAAUCACAACCUCCAACACAUGCCCAGGGAAUUGCCAAAUCUGAGAGUGAAGACAAUAUUUCCAAGAAGCAGCAUGGGCGUCUGGGCCGGUCUUUCAGUGCUAGUUUCCAUCAGGACUCGGCAUGGAAAAAGAUGUCUAGUAUCCAUGAGAGAAGGAACAGUGGUUACCAGGGUUACAGUGGUUACCAGGGUUACAGUGAUUACGAUGGGAAUGAUUGACUAUGCUUGGUACUGAACAGCUGGCAUUAUAUAUGAAACUGCUAUAUACAGGACUGUAUAAAGACAGUAGAAGAUUUAGUAAGCCUACAUUAAAUAGGAGCAGAUCUUGUGGUAUAAAAAAUAACCUUGUAGUUCUCCAGAUACUAAGCUUGUAUAUGAUUAUGGUGGGUGAUUUCAGAUAUAUAAGCAGAUAAGCACAGAUUAUUGUCCUUUCAAGUUAAGAGUAUAUAAUCUGGACAGAAAAUUUCACAAAAUUCAAUAAAAUUACAACUGUUGUCUAAAUAAGUGAAACACAAAUUCACUUAAUAGCAUCAAGAUUUGAAAUACUUAAGCAUGAAGUGACUUUUUUAAUGACUCGAUCCCUAGACAUUUGUUACAGAUAGUUUUAUGCCUAAGACCAAGAUGUAAAGUACCAUCUGCCCUUAAAAAAAAAUUAGGGCUGUCAAUUUCUACUUUUCACUCAUGGUUAACACACAUUUAAAAUUAUUUCAUGAGUCUAGUAGUUCUUUGAUUUAUAGCAGGAUCUUGCUUGCCUCAUUUGUUUCCUGGUUAUGUUCUUAGGAUUCUGACUAAGAGGCAAAAGAGAAAAGACUCAAGACACUGAUCCUGGAGAUCGAGACCAUCCUGGCUAACAUGGUGAAACCCCGUCUCUACUAAACAUACAAAAAAUUAGCUGGGUGUAGUGGUGGGCACCUGUAGUCCUAGCUACUCGAGAGGCUGAGGCAGGAGAAUGGCGUGAACCCGGGAGGUGGAGCUUGCAGUGAGCGGAGAUCGCGCCACUGCACUCCAGCCUGGGCGACAGGGCAAGACUCCGUCUCAAAAAACAAAAAAAAAAAAACAAAAAAAAAAACCUGAUCCUUUUUUUGGUGCAAAUGGGUGACUUAGUGCAUUGAUUCAGAUUUUUUGAAUUUCUUGAUGUGGUUUGUAAUAAUCAAAUAUUGACAAGAACCUUAGGUCUCGAAAGACUUUUAUAAGUCUAGAUGACGUUUGCCUUAGGGGUAAAGUAAAAGAACAAUUGGCACCUUAAGUUUCUAUACCCAAGGUUAUCUGUGAAAUGAGAUCUCCUGAUAUUUGAUUGCUUUCUCAGUAUGGAGUCAUAUGUUGAUAACAGUACUGAAGAUGCAUAAGAAAUGCCCAAGUCACUCAGAGGACAACUACCCAUAUUCCAGACUCUGAGCUGUUUCCUUUUUUAAAAUCAUAUAGACAAUUAGCUGUUUGAAGUGAGUAUUAAAUAUUUCAGAAGUGUGAAUUUCAUGUAUUUGAGCUCCUCUAGUUGCUGUCGGUUUUUCUUAUGCUGCCACCUGUGACUCACAAAUGACUAGGAUCUCUUGUUCUUUAAUUUUAGGGUCUUGUUCCAGGACUCAGAUCAGUAACUUGGUGAUUACAAGGUGCUGAAUGUGUUGGUAACCAUAUCGCAAUACACCUCAAGGAAAAGGUUCAGAUUUUUAUUUUUAAAAUAUUUUCAUUUUUUUUCUUGAAUUUUAUAUCCAUUUGUUCACUCGUACAUGCCUAGCCUACAGAAGGGGAUAUAUAUUAUGAAAUGGUCAUUUUUCUGAAGAGAAUAUUUUGCUUGAAAUGCAAAGGACUGAAAGAGAUUUGUAGGUUGUUGAUUUUGUUACUUCAUACUGGAACUUUUAAAAAGAUUUCAUCAAAUAAAGUUUUGUUUUCUACUUUUAA